GGAGAGUAAUCAUUUCAAAUGACAAUGAUUUUUCGGUUGUACUGUAUAUAAUCGAUUUGGGAGUCGGGUGGGGAGGGCAAUGGCAAACGAGGGUUUUGAGGAUGAUGAUUUAUGGCUCGACCCCGCCUUCCUCGGAGCCGUUGAUGAGGCGCUUGAGCUUGCCACUACACAGCACAACUUCCUUCCUACUCAACCGCAGCCGGCGGCCACAGGGUCGCAGUUCGUCGACAUCAAUUCUGCACUUCCACUGAAGUUGCCUCAGUUUGCUAAUCAAGAUGCCGCAACCUGUACAUCCUCGGGUUCUAAUUGCAGUGUUCAAGAACAAGAAAUUGAUAGAUUGAAGGGAGAGCUUGACCGUGUUUCAGAGCUGCUUGCUCAUAAGGAACGGGAAUGCAUUAUGUUGAGAAAGGAAACGCACAAAAAGGAGACCAAUGCUGUCCCUACUGAAAAGGUCAGCUCAUCUACCUACUCAACGAGUGAUAGUGAUUUUUCGUCCACGAUUAAGAAAAAGUUGUUAGAUGCAUGGGGCUCAUUGACUGGCCAAAAUCUAGGGAGGAUUUUUGUUUCAAAGUUGUUAGAAACUUGCAAUGCUGAUUUUCUGGUCCUCUUUGGAUUCCUGGAUUCAAGUCUCCCCUCCAAUAUGAGAAUGGAAAGUUCCCUUUCUGACUCUAGGGUUGCUAUGAAGGAAAACAUGCUGCCAGAUCAUUCCAGUGUAUCUGCAAAAGUAUCUCAUCUUUAUUCUGUGUUGACGAAGAUCAGCAAUGAGAUGACAAGAUUGGAUGAUCUACUAGAUGCAUUAGUUGAUCUUUGCCAGCUUAAAAAUGAUGUUGUAAUGUUCAGGGCUCUGCAUAUACUGCAUGAAGUUUUAAGCUACAGUUCCUUUACAGAAAUGAAGGACGAUCAAAGGUCCAAUGUGAUUGUCGUGGAAACAGAUCAAGACGGAUCUUCUAGAAGAGGAAGCCAUUCCAAAGAGACAUUAGAUCAUAACCAUGCUACUUGUGGAGUUCGGUUGGAUAACAGUGAUAAAGCUCCCAGGGUGGGACCCUUCAACACUGUAACUUGCGUAUUCACUUCAUGUUUCAACUAUCUGUCAUUGUUUGAACUGAUGUCCCAAAUUAUACUGACGAAUAGUUUAGAGCAUAUCAGAUGGGAAGCAGUUUGUAUUAUGAAUUUGAUUCUUGUAAGAAAGAAUACACCCUUGGAUAGGGAAAAGUUUGGAUCAAAUGAGGUGUUUCAAAGUAUUUCACAACUAUUGAAAAAGGAUGCUGGCUACCGUGUAAAUAAGCAAGCUGUGCGCCUUCUUUACCUGUUACUGAAUUGCCCAAAAGUUAUGGCAUCAUUCUUCCACAAUUUCACGGGAGCGGAAUGCAUAGACACUGCUGAUGUAAACCCAAAAACUAUUUCAGAUUCUCAAGUGACCUGUAAGAUUUUUGAGGGAUUGGUUGAUUGCCUAUCUUGUAGUGGUAAAAGCGUUGAGGAAUUACAGGUUCAAAGGCAUUCAAUAAUUUUGCUAGCUUUCCUUGCUUCUUCUGGGAAGACUGGCAUCGAAAUCCUUCUAAAUCAUAGGCCAAAAAGGACUAAAUUUCUAACAAUAAUCUUGCAGAGCGUAAUAUCUGCUUUGGACCUAGAAGCACUAGACACUGCUAUAUCUCCUGAAGAAUCUAAACAAAGAACUCUGAUGAUUAGAGAAGCACUUAUUCUUCUCAACCGAAUUGCUUCGCAUCCCCAGUACGGUGUCUUGGUUCUCUUGGCAUUAACAAACCGCAGGGACAUAGCCAGACUUACUGUUAACACAGCAAGCAGGUUAUCCCACAAGGGUAAGUGCUUGACACAUUGUGACAGCAUAACACAACAGAUUAGGGAGUCAGAAAUUGUUGAAUUAGCUCGGGUUUUUCAGAAAAGAUUAUAUGCAUUUCUAGAAGGCAACACCUCAGGAAAGAAGCCCCCAUGAGAGUUUUUCUUGGUGAACAAGUGUACAGAGAGAGAGUAUCUGAUGACUAUUGAUGGAGUUGAUACUUUCAGUUUGCUUCUUGUAUGACUAGUACUACACCCGUGCGAUGCACGAACAAGUUUUGGAAUAUAAGAGGAUAGAGAGGUCACAAGCAGCAUAUGAGAAGCUAUUGAGAAGGCUGCAAAGGAGAAGCUUGGUUCCCAACUAGACAUCUUAUCCUAACUAAUUACUAAUUUGGUUGAUUAGGUGCUAUAUUUUUUAAAGACAAUAUAAGAAGUUUGGGAAGUUUUCGCAGUCAAAACUCUAUGUGAGUUGAAGUAAUCCUAAUAAACUGAGUGAUAAAUUCUACAACCUCAGCUUUGUAUAGAAAAGGGUGAAAAUUUGCAGCGAUAAAUUUAGAAGGUAGAAGACACGAGUAAAAAACUGAGAAAUACAAAAUCAAUAGGAACCCGAUCGAACAAGACAAAGCUCAAACAGAAGAACCAUGAUGUAUAGAUGGAGUGAUUGCUCGCAUCUAACCUGGUUUCGCCAACCCUAAGUCAAGAGCUCCUGGGCUCGACAUUUCUAUAGCUUGUACGAUACGUGCAUUGAAAAUAGCCUAUAUAUUCAGGGUGUUUUUAUUUAAUAAAAGGGCAAUUUUGUACUUCAAUAA